AUGCGAUACGACCGAAGAGUAGCGCAACGCCCCGAUUACUUAUUCUUCAGAGCGAAGAAGAUUGAGUUGCUGAGAUUGUCUAGCAAGAUAUCUUUAUGCUUACGAAAAAAGAAAAUCCGCAAUCGCAAUGGCAUCAAUGCUGUUAAUCUCAGCAACAAUGAUUUCAUCCACGAGCUUGUGCAGCACGAUGAUGCUUAUCAUAUUCUGAAACGGGUUGUUGAUCGCGAAAGCAUUACUUCAGCAGAAACACUUACAUUGCAAUACGCUGAAAAAUCGAGGUUAAUUCAGUUUGAUCCAGUUACGUAUGCUCGAUAUUUUAAUUACCGGUAUCAAGAACAGAGAAAGCUGUGGGAUUUCCCUGGAGGUCCAUUCGAAGGCAAAGCAAUUGCUCACUCAUGUUACAGAGUGGAAUUUCAGCAGCGAAGAUCGCCUCACAUACAUCAGCUUCUUUGGCUAAGCGAUGUACCAGUUUUCGACACGGUCCCUGGACAAAAUGAACUUGAGAUAUGCAGUUUAAUCGACAGAUUUAUUGCAUGCUCCUCUACAGUUGACCAUCAGGAUCAAGAAGGAUCCAGUUACAGCCCGCAUUUUCUUGAAUUUUUGUGCCAAAGACAUGCUGCUACAUGCGGAAAACGCUGGACAGGAAAGUGCAGAUUUGGGAUACCGUUUUAUCCAAAACACAAAACCCAGAUUCUUCGACCACUGCUGGAGAAAACUGACGAGCAGGAGCAUGAGCGUCUUGCAAGAGUGUUAAAGCGGAUAAAAGGUGUUUUGACCGAAAACGAAAACUUGCCUCAUAUCGGAGCAGUUGGUGGAGCGAGCACACGAUGCUGGAUCGGCAAGAAUUGGAGAAACCGGAGAUUUUAUUCGCAAUGUGAGCGGCACAUACAACCCGGUUUUAAAGGAAUGGUGCAACCGUUUGGAUUAAAAACCAAAAACGCCGACAGUGCCACAACAAUUGCAAACCCGACAUUGGAUAUCACUUGUGGCAAUCUUGAGAUUGUGCAUGGCACCUGCGUAUCAUUGACUAGCUUCCAUGAACCGAUCUGGACCCGAUGUGAAGUUCCAGCGCUAAGCAGCAUCCGUUAA